AUGUUCAAUGAAGGCAACCGAAGCGUUCAAUACUGCUUUUCAAACAACAAUUUGUCGUGCAUCAAAGAAGUCAAACCUGGAGCGGAGUACGUCAUAUUGUACCUUUUUAUUUUUAUAGCAUCACUCUUCACCGUGUUUCUGAACCUGCUGGUGAUCAUCUCCAUCUCUCACUUCAAGAAGCUUCACACUCCGACCAACCUGCUCAUUCUCUCUCUGGCUGUGGCCGACAUGCUCGUGGGACUCAUUGUGAUUCCACUGAUGGGCAUCAGAUAUAUUGAGACAUGCUGGUACUUUGGAGAGACGUUUUGUUCAUUAUUUCCAUUUAUUCUUUACACGGUUGUUUCAGCAUCUCUUGGUAAUUUAGUGUUUAUAUCCAUAGAUCGUUAUAUUGCGAUAAAAGACCCUUUGCGAUAUUCCACGAGGGUCACAACCAACAAAGCAGUUUUUUGUAUCAUCAUAAACUGGCUAUGUUCAACCGUUUAUUCUGUAAUUAUGUUAAAUGACACGAUCUUUUAUUCUGACAAUCAAAGCGUGUGUUAUGGAGACUGUAUCGUCACUGUGAAAUUUCAAUAUGUUGUCACAGACCUCAUUGUCUCUUUGGUGGCGCCUUGCUCUGUCAUCAUAUCUUUGUAUGCCAAGAUCUUUUGUAUAGCAAAACAUCAAGCUCAGCUCAUAAACUCAGCCACAAAUGCCAGCAGGUCAGAAAAAAAGGCAGCAAAGACGCUAGGGAUUGUGAUAACAGUUUAUCUUCUGUGUUGGAUACCGUAUUACAUAGCCUCUCUUGUCCCGGGAUAUGACUCAAAUGAAUCGACUGUAAUAAACAUUAUGUCCUGGAUAAUGUACAUGAACUCCUGCAUGAAUCCCAUCAUCUAUGCACUCUUUUACCGAUGGUUUAGAAUAUCAGCUAAACACAUUUUGUCUUUGAAAAUUCUGAAAUAG